AUGGUGGCUGGAAGUUUAACCAUACAAGUUGAGUCUGAAGUGGCAGCAAAGAGAUUAUGGAAUGCGCUGGUGAAGGAUCACAGUCUCAUUGCCAGGGAAAUGCCAGAGCUUUGUGCAGGAGUCACAUUUCUUGAGGGAAACGGCGGGGUUGGCAGCAUCAAGCAAAUCAACUUCACUUCUGGGGCGACGGAGUUUAGCUAUGUGAAGGAACGCGUGGACGUUCUUGAUGAAGAGAAUUUAAUAUACAGCUACACCGACUUGGAGGGAGGAGAGCUGGGAAAGAAUUUGGCAUCUGCUGAGUUCAGCGUUAAGAUGAGUCCAAAGGCAGGGGGUGGAAGCGUUGUUACUCAAAUCUGCAACUUUGACACACUCCCUGGCGUUCCUCGGGAGGAAGCCAAACUUGAAGCCAUGAAAGGGCAGCUCAUUGCUUUGUUUAAGAAGUUGGAAGCCUAUGUCAUCGCUAACCCCACUUUAUACAAUGCAUGA